CAAGAUUUUCAGCAGCUGAUACUAUAGCAAGGUUUACUUUAUCUCAACAGAAUCUCGCUAUCAAAGACCAGGAAUGAAAUCACUGGUAGUUUUUCUGGCAGUGGUCGCCAUGGGUACGCCAGCAGCCAUCCAGUACCCCGAGGAGUGGCACCUCUGGAAGGCAGAGCAUGGAGUAUCUUACUCAGAUGAUUUGGAGGAGCUGAGAAAGCACAUUACC